AUGCAAAAGUUCGAAGCUACCUGGGCGCAUGCCGACGUAGAGGCACCGAGCAACGAUCAGAAGAAGCUUGUCAGAUGCUGCCCUCCUCCUCUCUUCCUCCGAAUCCUCCGCUCUUCCUUUGUCUGGCUCAUUGCAGCCAUUGUGCUGAUCGGGAUAGUGGUAGAUCAUUUCGUGAUGCUAUCCAACUCAAAGUUUGCUGCUGCUCUUGGACAAGCUAAAGUCCUCCACGGGUUGGACACCUCCCGCAACUCCGUGGAGACUUGGAUGGGAGGAGGAAGGCGCAGCAAUGGAGGGAGAGCAGUGCUGGGUCGCUGGUCACAGAAGAGAGGUGUGCUUCCCGGACCGGGAAUGUCCGUCCCCUCCUCCUUCCACUGGACUCUUCCUCCCGGGCAACACCCUCCUGCUGGGAUCAAGUCAGCAUCUUCGCAAGCAAAGCUCGACAAGUCGAACUUUCUCGCCCUGCCCGUGGGCAUCGCAACGGCGUUGAUGCGUCAGCGCAGCAAACAAGAGGAAAAGAACGGCAUUGAAUUCACUCCUCUUCACCAUGAUAGCGCACUUCAGGCCCUUCAGACCGAGAUCCCACAAGCAGCGCUAUCCUCGCAGACUCACAAGAACUUGCUGCGCAUGAAGAAGCUCCUGACCCUUGCAAAACGCGUCAAGGUCUUCAUGGAGAAAGACCCAAAAUGCUCCGACGCCCGGAACCUCCUCCAUCAACUCCGUCGUGUCGAGUCUAUGCCAAGGAAGUAUGAGGACGUCAUGAGCUAUCCCUUCUCCUCCCACCUCCUCUACUGGGGCAGCUUCCUCCGCCUGCAGUUCGAUGGGUCGGGUGUUCUCUUCUACAAGUCCGGGCAGGCGGCGUACAAGGGCGGGUGGAAGGAAGGGAGGAUGGAGGGAGAGGGGAGCAUGUGGGACGAGAAGGGAAGGCUGCUGUGGAAGGGGAAGUUUAUGAGAGGGCUGCCUGUGCGAACAUGGAGAGAUUAUUUCUGA